UGAAGCAUCCUUUAAAUGGCAAGGAGGGUGAAAUAAGAUGAGGAAAAUGUUGGAAAACGUCCAGUGCUCUAAGAUUGGCAGGGGGGAGUAAAGACGGCUGUAGGCGGGCUCCUCUUGAUUGAAAGGAACGACCCAGAAUCUGCGGCGCCCUCUGCUGGGAUUGGCCCUCUGCAGCCACCGUCCCUGAACUGUGCUUUGGGUCUCCUAGCAACAAGGGGUGGUGGCCCGGCGGAGCGGGCGCCGGGUGAGUGCGCAGUUGAUACCUGUGGAGAAUCUCCUAAAUUGUACCCUGAAAAGGCAGAAUGGAGAUGUCAAUGCCCCCACCUCAGAUAUAUGUAGAAAAAACUCUGGCUAUUAUCAAACCAGAUAUUGCUGACAAAGAGGAGGAAAUACAAGAUAUUAUUCUCAGAUCUGGAUUCACCAUUGUUCAGAGAAGAAAACUCCAUCUCAGCCCUGAGCACUGUAGUAACUUUUAUGUGGAACAGUAUGGGAAAAUGUUUUUCCCCAAUUUAACAGCUUACAUGAGUUCUGGACCACUUGUUGCCAUGAUAUUAGCUAGACAUAAAGCCAUCUCUUACUGGAAAGAACUUUUGGGACCAAGUAAUACCUUAGUAGCUAAAGAGACUCACCCAGACAGUUUAAGGGCAAUUUAUGGCACAGAUGACCUGAGGAAUGCACUUCAUGGGAGCAAUGAUUUUGCUGCAGCAGAAAGAGAAAUUCGAUUCAUGUUUCCUGAAGUGAUUAUUGAACCCAUUCCAGUUGGACAAGCUGCUAAGGAUUAUUUAAAUUUAUAUGUAACACCAACUCUGCUUGAAGGACUCACAGCACUUUGUAAGGAGAAACCAGCAGAUCCUUUUAUACUUCAGCAUUGCUCAGUCAGGUGGAAGAAUAGUUGGGUAGGCGGAACUAGGAUGGUGUCCUGGGCCAAAUGUCUUCCUUGCUCCUUCCUUACAGAUUUGGUUAGCUGAUUGGCUCCUGAAAAAUAAUCCCAACAAGCCAAAGCUGUGUCACAAUCCAGCUGCAGAAGAACCUUAAAAUAAAAUUCCUCAAAGAACAAAUCACUAUCUUACUGUGAAAGACAUGCUUCUACUUUAAAACAAACAAACCGUCCUAAGGCUUUAAGUAACUACGUGUGAAAUAAAUUG